ACCGGUAGCCGACCAACUCGACAAUGUCCGCGAACCAGUCAUUAUAGUCUUAUAAUAAUUAAUAUUACUAUUUUGAUAUCAGUCCAACUCUGAAUCGAACACAAUGACCGAGAUAAAACCUUACACAUAAUCAAAUUACUUUUGUGUAAUUGUGUGUUUAGAACUAAAGGAGAGAUGUCAAUGCAUUAUGUGUUUUAUAUCAAUAUCUAUCUGACAGUUGAAUCUAACGGACAUGCUCGCUUCCGCAUGUAAAAUUGUUUGAUUUAAAAUUCAGUGUAAGUUUUAAAGUGACUUUAAGUUAAGAUACUAUUUUGAAAAUGACUGGAAAUUUAAAUAUGGAGCCCCAACUGGACAGAAAAGCUGUGCUUAAUGAGAGCGAAAUUUGUACGACUGAUACCAUGCCUGAUAUUAAAACCUAUUACGAAGGUUUGGGUAUGACAUGGGCAGCCCUCCUGAUUUCGGCAUCUGUCCUCAUCUUCAUAAGUGUCCUGAUUUUGUUCUUGAGCACCAUGCGAUCAGUUGCGAGGAACGAGAGGAGAUUCUUAUUCAAAGACACCAGUAUUGUAGUUGGCGUAUAUACGGUCGUUUGCAUGUGCAGCGUGUUCACCUUGUCAAUACCACGAGCCCAACCAUUAUGCGAAGCUGUAUCACAAGUUGUUUUUAUGAUAGCAGCUUAUAGUUUUUAUUCUCUGCUAGUCAAAAAUUGUUCCAACUGCGAUGGUGAAUUAAGGGAUGUGACAGAAAAUACCGAAAAGGCGUCGUCUCUUGCAUAUGCCGAAGGAAGUAGUUUUUGCUGCGAUGGGCCUCAAAGCCAGAUGUUAAAAUCAAUUAAGAGCAAACGGCGGGAUGAUGCGUGGCUCGUGCUGCAAGCUCCUCCUUGCUGCUGUUGGCCUUUCUGUGGACGACUUUUACCAGAAAGACCAUUGAAAGUAUGCCACAUUACUAAUUUGGGAUAUUUGGUAUUACAAAUGCCGUUUACUACAUCUGUAGUAUACUUUGUUCUUCUAGUCAUGGCAUCUGAACAUCAGAGAAUCUACAACACAUAUUACCAAUUUCUUCAACCAAUAUGCUUGGCUUCUAUAUUACUUGGCAUUUACGGAAUAAAUGUUACUUUAAAAUUGGCAUCUGCAGUGUUACCAGAGAGGCCUCUGCAGAAUCGGUUCCGGUGUUUGCAGUUAGUGUUGAUCAGUACGAAGUUGCAGGCGUUGCUCAUCCGGUUGCUUGCCAGCAACGGGGUCGUGCCAUGCAUGCCGCCAUUGGCGCCGGCGCUUGUCUCAAAUUUAAUUCAAAAUUCGCUGGUUCUAUGUGAAAUGCUGCUUUUAGCUGUUUGGGCGCGUUUUAUUUACAGAAAUCCAGUAUCGAAGCAGGAUGAAAAUACCCCUAUAAAUAUUGCAGUAAGUGCAAGAAGCGACAACAACAAUGCUGUUUUGGCAAAUCCUCAAAUCGCAAGGCCUUGGACUGGAUCGAAAGAUAAUGCUUUUGUGAUCGAAAAUCAGUACGGAGAUAUGACUAGUCCAGUAAAACAUGCGUCCAGAUCUACCAGAGACAAUACCAGGAGUGAUGUGCACAUGUAG